GUUAUGUUGUCCACAGAGGUGUGGUUAUGUUGUCCACAGAGGUGUGGUUAUGUUGUCCACAGAGGUGUGGUUAUGUUGUCCACAGAGGUGUGGUUAUGUUGUCCACAGAGGUGUGGUUAUGUUGUCCACAGAGGUGUGGUUAUGUUGUCCACAGAGGUGUGGUUAUGUUGUCCACAGAGGUGUGGUUACGUUGUCCACAGAGCAGAGGAGAGGUGUUGUUAUGUUGUCCACAGAGGUGUGGUUAUGUUGUCCACAGAGGUGUGGUUAUGUUGUCCACAGAGCAGAGGUGUGGUUAUGUUGUCCGCAGAGCAGAGGUGUGGUUAUGUUGUCCGCAGAGCAGAGGUGUGGUUAUGUUGUCCGCAGAGCAGAGGUGUGGUUAUGUUGUCCGCAGAGCAGAGGUGUGGUUAUGUUGUCCGCAGAGCAGAGGUGUGGUUAUGUUGUCCGCAGAGCAGAGGUGUGGUUAUGUUGUCCGCAGAGCAGAGGUGUGGUUAUGUUGUCCGCAGAGCAGAGGUGUGGUUAUGUUGUCCGCAGAGCAGAGGUGUGGUUAUGUUGUCCGCAGAGCAGAGGUGUGGUUAUGUUGUCCGCAGAGCAGAGGUGUGGUUAUGUUGUCCGCAGAGCAGAGGUGUGGUUAUGUUGUCCGCAGAGCAGAGGUGUGGUUAUGUUGUCCGCAGAGCAGAGGUGUGGUUAUGUUGUCCGCAGAGCAGAGGUGUGGUUAUGUUGUCCGCAGAGCAGAGGUGUGGUUAUGUUGUCCGCAGAGCAGAGGUGUGGUUAUGUUGUCCGCAGAGCAGAGGUGUGGUUAUGUUGUCCGCAGAGCAGAGGUGUGGUUAUGUUGUCCGCAGAGCAGAGGUGUGGUUAUGUUGUCCGCAGAGCAGAGGUGUGGUUAUGUUGUCCGCAGAGCAGAGGUGUGGUUAUGUUGUCCGCAGAGCAGAGGUGUGGUUAUGUUGUCCGCAGAGCAGAGGUGUGGUUAUGUUGUCCGCAGAGCAGAGGUGUGGUUAUGUUGUCCGCAGAGCAGAGGUGUGGUUAUGUUGUCCGCAGAGCAGAGGUGUGGUUAUGUUGUCCCAUUUUUACCCUAAAACCCCAAGAGACAAUGAUGCAGACGCACAGUGACUAAGAAACGGAAAGGAGGAAACCUAAAGAGGAACCAGGCUCCGAGGGGCGGCCAGUCGUCUUCUGGCCGUACCGGGUGGGUUAUGCUAACAGUGUGUCUCU